UCCGGUUCCUCUGGGCGCUCAGGGAGCUGACGGAGGGCCGCCGCCCAACUGUAGACGCUGUGUCCGCCGGCCCAGCUGCAGUCUUCGCGGUGUGUGAGUGAGCCCGGGCCUGGUCCCCUCUCCCUCCGCCGCCAUGGGCUGCACUUUGAGCGCCGAAGACAAGGCGGCAGUGGAGCGAAGCAAGAUGAUCGACCGCAACUUGCGGGAGGAUGGGGAGAAAGCGGCCAAAGAAGUGAAGCUUCUGCUACUCGGUGCUGGAGAAUCUGGUAAAAGCACCAUUGUGAAACAGAUGAAAAUCAUUCAUGAGGAUGGCUAUUCAGAGGAAGAAUGUAAACAAUAUAAAGUAGUUGUCUACAGCAAUACUAUACAGUCCAUCAUUGCAAUCAUAAGAGCCAUGGGACGGCUAAAGAUUGACUUUGGGGAAGCUGCCAGAGCAGAUGAUGCCCGGCAAUUAUUUGUUUUAGCUGGCAGUGCGGAAGAAGGAGUCAUGACUCCAGAAUUAGCAGGAGUGAUUAAACGGUUAUGGCGAGAUGGUGGGGUUCAGGCUUGCUUCAGCAGAUCCAGGGAAUAUCAGCUCAAUGAUUCUGCUUCAUAUUACCUAAAUGAUUUGGAUAGAAUAUCCCAAACCAACUACAUUCCAACUCAGCAAGAUGUUUUGCGGACAAGAGUGAAGACCACAGGCAUUGUGGAAACACAUUUCACUUUCAAAGACCUGUACUUCAAGAUGUUUGAUGUAGGUGGCCAAAGAUCAGAACGAAAAAAGUGGAUUCACUGUUUUGAGGGAGUGACGGCAAUUAUCUUCUGUGUGGCCCUCAGUGAUUAUGACCUCGUUCUGGCUGAGGAUGAGGAGAUGAACCGAAUGCAUGAAAGCAUGAAACUGUUUGACAGCAUUUGUAACAACAAAUGGUUUACAGACACUUCGAUCAUUCUGUUCCUCAACAAGAAAGAUCUUUUUGAGGAAAAAAUAAAGAGGAGUCCAUUAACUAUCUGUUAUCCAGAAUACACAGGUUCCAAUACAUAUGAAGAAGCAGCUGCUUACAUUCAGUGCCAGUUUGAAGAUCUGAACAGAAGAAAAGAUACCAAGGAGAUCUACACCCACUUCACCUGUGCCACAGACACCAAGAAUGUGCAGUUUGUUUUUGAUGCUGUUACAGAUGUCAUCAUUAAAAACAACUUAAAGGAAUGUGGACUGUAUUGAAGAGUGUGGAUGUUAAAUAAAAGUUAUUACAGUGUGGAGUGUUGAGACCAGACUUCUUUUGCUGUCUCAUUGGGCAGCUGCAAGCAUGAACGGGACCAGGGAAUGGCAGCGGCAUGCAGAAUCUUAGUACUCUUUAGCACAAUCUUCUGUAUUAGGGAACUCUUAAUUGACAUGAGAUGCUAAAGUCAGACAUUGGAAUUGGAACAACUGUAAAGUAUGAUUUGAUCAUCAAGACAUCACUUGGAUUUCACAAUCUCAAAUGUUUAGGGCAGAUGUGAAGUUGAGGUGCUGCAUUCCAGAACUUCAAUAUGUAGCUUACUCUUUUUUUUUCCUUCUUGACAAACCACCAGUAGUUCAUUUUUUAAGCUGUUUUUUUUUUUUUUUUUUUUUAUCAAGGGAAGAAUAACUUCACUAAAUUUUAUUUCUUUGUGAAAGAAUCUUUAUUAAAACACAAACAGUCUUAACUGUGCACAUGAUGUGACCAGAUCAUCUUGAAAAUUUUCCUUUUAGUAGGAACUUUUUGUUUUUAACUCUUGGUAUGGUCAGAAUAUAAUAUUUCCAUAAUUACUUAAUUCUUUUCAAUUAUUGGGGCUCUAAUUAUAGCUUUUUUGGAUGAAAUUUAUGUUACUAUCCUGUUCAAAAUACCAUUAUGGUUUCUAAAUGGUAAUUACAUUGAAGAAUUCUGUAGUAAGAUUCCAGCUCUUUUUUUAAGCUUGUGGUUGAAGGUUAACCUGGUUUAUGCUGAUUACCAAAUUACUAGAUAAAUGCUGAUGUAGUAUGAUGAAAUCAGCUUCUUGGAUACAGACGCACCCAGGGCGGCUGCCAGUUAGAAAUGCAAAUUGCUAAAUUCCAAACAGAACCAGUGACUUUGCUGCUACACAUCUGCUAAAUUGACCACUUUAAUUCUUGCUUGUCCGUCUCAGUCAUAGGGAGUUCUGUAAAAGAUGCCCCUUGUUUUCCAUCUUCCAUUGGCUUUUUCUGUUGGGAAACAUCUAAAGUGUAUUAACAGUGCAUGCCUUUACUUUGUAAACAUGGUGCCAAAUCCCUGUUUGCCAUUGUUUUUAUUGUAGCAAUGUUCAUUGUAGUAAUCCUUAGUCAGUACCUUCUUUUGCUGAAACUAUUGAUUUGGGGACUUUUUUUCCACUUUGUUGUGUGUACAGAUUUUAAUCUGUUAUAGUUGGCAGCAGUAUUAAAAUGGUGAGUAAAGAGUCCAGGUUUGUUCCUGUUUGUAACUAGUC